CGGAAGGGGGGGGGGGGUCAGAGGUUGGAGAAGGGUAGGAGAGAGGCCCGGAAGAAAGUCGCAGGGCUAGCGUAAAGGGGCUGGGACAACCGGAAGGAGACGGGGAAGAGAGGAAGUAGGAAGAGAAGAGUCCCGUUGUCGAAAUCCUAGCUAUGGAGCGGAUUGUAGAGAUAACUUCUUAUUGUCAAGAAACCUGAAGUUCAGGGUGAACCAGUGACUGGCUGAGAGCCAAGAUGGCAGCAUCGCGCUGGAGGGGUUCACCUCCCCGGACUCUCAGGCCAUUGUUCUCUGAGAUUGUCAGAUGCGGCGGCUCCAGUGAGGCAGGGAUGGAGAAGGCGUGGCCCCUGCGCUCUGGAAGCUUCUUUAAGGAGAAAGCUAAGGCUAAGGGCAGGGACGCGGAGAUAAAAAGUGAGGACAGGGACUGGAUGUGAGAAAGGAUGCGUUCGUCGAACUCGCCGAGCAGGUUCUGUCCUGGAAGCCUUUGCUUUUGCUGUUCCUGCUUCCUGGCGUGCUCACCAGCUCAAGUUUCUGCUUGUGGGAGACCUCGGAGACCGAUGUCUUAUGUCAUUCCGAAGAAGGAAGUGUACGUUGCUGGGGAUGGACAGUACGCCUGCAAUUCCUUAUAUUACAUGGCAGGAGGGGUGGAUAAAUUUAGGAAUAGUGACGACAGUAACACAUUACUCCAGAACUUUCCUCAUAUCUCAGAACCUGUCCUGAGUAAGAAUGUCGGAUAGGGUUGACUGGUUACAAAGCCAAAAUGGAGUAUGCAAAGUUGAUGUCUAUUCCCCUGGAGAUAGCCAAGCCCAGGACUGGAAAAUGGAAGCUUCCACCGACCCUAUCAGAGUGCUCAGCUGGCUCCGCAGAGACCUGGAAAAAAGCACAGCAGAGUUUCAGGACGUUAGGUUCAAGCCCGGAGAAUCAUCGUUUGGCGGGGAAAUGGUCAACUGGACAGACCCCCAUAAAGGUUUCUGUGUGGACUAUUACAACACCACCGCCAAGGGCAGUCCAGGGAGAUUGCAUUUUGAGAUGACUCACAGAGAGAACCCUUCCCAGGGGCCCAGUGCCCAAGUGGGUAACGGGAGCUCAGUGGACGAAGUGUCCUUCUACGCCAACCGCCUCACCAACCUCGUCAUAGCCAUGGCCCGCAAGGAGAUCAACGAGAGGAUUGACGGCUUCGAGAAGAAGUGUGUCCACCAGUCAGUGUACCUGGGGGAGGAACCCGCACCCAACAAAAGCCUGAGCAAGGUGGCCUCCUCAGAGCUGGUCAACGAGACCGUCUCUACAUGUUCCAAUAAUGCCGCUUCGGAUAAGACUCCUGGCUCCGGGGACAGAGCCUCAGGAUCCUCACAGAACGCCCCAAAUUUGAAGUACAAGAGCACUUUGAAGAUCAAGGAGAGCACCAAGGGAAGCAGGGGCCCAGACGACAGACCCGCUUCUAAGAAGUCUUUCUUCUAUAAGGAAGUGUUCGAAUCUCGUAAUGCAGGCGACGCCACGGAGGGUGGAAGGUCCUUACCUGCGGAGAGAAAGAUGUUCAGGGGGCAGGAGAGGCCCGAUGACUUCACCACCUGUGUCAGCCAAGGGAUCAUGACCUACGCCAACAGCGUGGUGUCCGACAUGAUGGUCUCCAUCAUGAAGACGCUGAAGAUCCAGGUGAAGGACACGACCAUUGCCACCAUCCUGCUAAAGAAGGUCCUGAUCAAGCACGCCAAAGAGGUGGUCUCGGACCUCAUCGACUCCUUCAUGAAGAACCUCCACAAUGUCACGGGGUCCCUCAUGACGGACACGGACUUUGUCUCGGCCGUGAAAAGAAGUCUCUUCUCUCACGGAAGCCAGAAAGCCACGGAUAUCAUGGACGCCAUGCUGGGUAAGCUCUACACGGUGGUAUUCGCCAAGAAACCCCCUGACACUGGCAGCAAGGCCAAGGACAAAUCCGAGAGGUGUUCGCUGGUCUCCGUGAAAGAGAUGGGUGACCCUAAAAACCGAAACAUCAACUUUGCCUCGCUGAAAUCCGAAGGGAAAUUGAGGGAAAAAAUAUGCUCUCCUUCACCCAAACCAGAGACGGAGAAGAGUUGUGCCGAAACUCUGGGCGAGCACAUCAUCAAAGAGGGGCUGACCCUGUGGCAUAAAAGUCAGCAGAAAGAAGGAAAAUCUCCAGGUUUCCAGUGUUUACCAUUCGCAGCUCCCAACAAACAGUAUAAACCUGCGGCAGACAUUCUCCUGGGAUUUCCUUUCGAUCCGUGCAACCUCAGCCCCCCUCUGCAUCACUUAGAGAAACCUGAGAAUUUUAUGUGUGAUUCAGACUCCUGGGCCAAGGACCUGAUCGUAUCUGCCUUACUUCUGAUUCAGUACCACCUGGCCCAGGGAGGAAGCAUGGAUGCACAGAGCUUCCUUGAAGCUGCUGCCAGCAGCAACCUACAGGCCAACAAGUCCCCUGCAGUUUCCGAUGAGUCCAGCCUGAAGCCACCUCAUGUGGGGGGUGACCAAGAAGAAGCAGAAAAGAAGGAUCUAAUGAGCGUUUUCUUCAACUUUAUCCGGAACUUACUCAGGGAGACCAUUUUCAAGAGUAACCGUAGCUCUGAUCCCAAGCCAACUAAGGAAGAAGAUAGCCCCCAGUGUGAAAGACCUGUAACCCCUUCUCCCAUCAAAUUCAGUGAAGGGGAUGAGGCAGGGGGUACUUUUGCUGGGCUGACCAAGAUGGUUGCUAACCAGCUAGACGGCCACAUGAACGGGCAGAUGGUGGAGCAUCUGAUGGACUCAGUGAUGAAGCUGUGUCUCAUUAUUGCCAAGUCCUGUGACUCUCCCUUGGGAGAACUGGGGGAUGACAAGUCUGGGGAUGCCAGCAGGCCUGUGUCCGCCUUCCCAGAGAACCUGUAUGAGUGUUUACCAACCAAGGGCACGGGGACAGCAGAGACGUUGCUGCAGAACGCCUAUCAAGCCAUCCACAACGAACUGAGAGGCAUGUCAGGACAGCCCCUGGAAGGGUGCAUGGCACCCAAGGUGAUUGUCAGCAACCACAACCUCACCGAUACGGUUCAGAACAAGCAACUGCAAGCCGUACUUCAGUGGGUAGCCGCCUCAGAGCUCAAUGUCCCUAUUUUGUACUUUGCUGGUGACGAUGAAGGAAUCCAGGAGAAGCUACUGCAGCUCUCGGCGGCCGCCGUGGACAAGGGGCGCAGCGUGGGCGAGGUCCUGCAGUCGGUGCUGCGCUACGAGAAAGAGCGACAGCUGGAUGAGGCGGUGGGCAACGUCACACGGCUGCAGCUGCUGGACUGGCUGAUGGUGAACCUGUGACAGGAGCCCGCCGCGCUCCCCCCCUCUCCUGUGCGAGCCCGGCCCCCUGCUUCUUUCUGGCUUCCGCAGCUCCCCUCUGCGCAGCCUCCCAGAGCCCUCAUAUCAUCCUCAUACCACUCACAUCCAAGACAGGUCAUCUUAUGCUGGUCAUUGGCUUUUGCAGAUUUUCCUGUCCAUGCGAGCGAGCAAGGACAUAAAAUAAAAAAAAAAAAAAUUACAAUGAAAGGGCUCCAGGUAUCUGGUUUCCUUGGGUCCAAAUGGUCAAUAAGUUGAAGCAGUGCCAGGAAUGAAAAAAGAAUCUGAUGGAUAGAAGAAAAAUAGUGCCGGCCUGAGAGGCCAUUUGGUCUGUUCCCCUUGGAUCCUUGUUCCCUGAAAAUUAGCCAUAUUUUAUCAGCCCCUUAUGAUACAAAUCUGGUGUUCAAUAUCCAAUCUAAAUCCUUCUAAUCAGGAUCUGCAUGGCUUCUUGUCCUGACUGUUCACCUCAGCUUUAUCUACGGUUGAAUAUGGUGGGAAGAAAAGGUCCAAAGGACCUGAGUUCUAUGGCCAGUUGUGUCACCUGCUCUGAUUUAAUGUCAGUAUCCCCCACCUCAGAAGCAUUUUCUGUUCUUAUCCUGACCUUUCUGUGGAAUUUUAUAUUCUCUAGCCUCCCUUUUGGGAACUUCCUCCUCUGGUUUUUAGUUUUCCUAUUUUCCACUUCUCUUAGAGGCUCUACUCAGUGGUGUCAAGCCCUUGCAUUCUCUUUCCUAGGACUUUCUCCUGACCCUGUGCUGGUUUCACUCUGGCCUCUUCCCUGGGCGAUGUCAUCUAAACCCAUAGCUUCAGCUACCUUGUGCCCCCUUCAUGGAUAUUACACAGUGAUCCAGUGAAAACCAUGAAGCCGCAGAUAUAGUCCAUGAUGUUUUUGAUGUUAUGGCGUUCUUGUAAACCUGUCUGAACUAUAAUUACAACCGUACACAGACUGUGAGUUCAGGUAGGUAAGGACGAGGAGGGCAGGUACCGAUGAGUAGACACCUGUUGUAAUCAGCUCGUCUUCCUUUGGGAAACCCACUGCCCCCUACUCCACAUGGUUCCAAAGAAGCAUCAGUCUUGGUGCCGCCACCACCGCCCCACCCUGUGGGCAUAUGACCCAGGCUGGCCAAUCAGAGGGUCCUAACAUCUCAAACAUAGUGAUGGGCUCAAGUCCAGUCAUUUCCGAGAUUUCCUUUAAGCAGGAAGACUGCACCUUCUGAUGCAGUCAUCAGAUGGUAGUGGAUGAUUCUGGAUGGUCGUGGUCAUCUUACCCUCGGGGCAGAGUCUGUCUUUGGAAUGAAGAUAACCAGAGAGAGAAGCCAGACUAAUAGGGGGAGGGGGAGCCUGAGCCCCUUGGUCUUGUUUGAAUUCCCAGAUCCUGCUGUACCGACACCUGCCCUUCCUGAUUCGCCAGCCACAUUAUCCAAUAAACGCCCUUCAGUUGUUCA